AUGGAUCGGAAAAGACGUCUAGCAUUGCUCCUAUUACUACGUCACCGCCGAAAUCGACGCAAGAUCACAAGACGAAUGAGUGUAUCCAGCUUCGAAUGUUUAUUGAAGUCCUUAGAACCACACAUACGAAAAAACUAUACUAAUAUGAGGAAUCCAGUGGAACCAGUAGAAAUGCUGGGAAUCACUUUAAGAUACCUAGGAAGUGGAAAUUCAAUAACUGAUUUACAUUUCAAAUUCAAACGGGGAAAAUCUACUAUUGCAUAUAUAAUACAAAGAGUUUGUCGUGCUAUAUGGACCAAUCUUCUUCGAGACAACAUCCCUGAACUGACAACUGAAAGUUUCCAAACAAUAGCGAGGGGUUUUGAUGUAAAGGCAAAUUUUCCUCAAUGUAUUGGGAAUUUAAGAACAAAGUGUGACACAAUGAAAAGUUCUUUUAAUGGUCUUAUAUCAGAGAUACCAUAUAUAAGAGUAGAUAAUUUUGAAAAUAAAAUGUCUGCAGAAGUAAGAGCUUAUUUUCUGAGUCAUUAUCACAGUGAUCAUAUUGUUGGAUUACACACUGAUGUAUUUCUAGAGCAUUUAGAAAAAAAAGCCCCAAAAGCGUACCUAUAUUGUACAGAGCUCACUGCGGCAUUUAUUGAUGAUGACUUAAGUCAUAGUCAUAAAAAAAUAAUGGAAUAUGUUAAGCCGCUGAAAAUGGGUUCAACGCUAAUAACAUUACCACCAAUAGAUGAAAAUAAUGAAUUAUUGCUCACCGUCACACUAAUUCCAGCGGGACAUUGCGCUGGGUCCACCAUGUUUUUAUUUAAAACUAGCGAAACAACCGUAUUGUAUACUGGAGAUUUUAGAAUUAACAUAAAUGAUUUACCAAAAUAUAAAGCUCUCCAUUCUAACGAAGAACCAAUAAAAAUUGACGCCUUGUACAUAGAUACGACGUUUUUGGACGAAGACCAUGAAUAUUUUCCAAAAAGAAGCGAGAGUGUGGAUGCCAUGUUGAAUGUAAUGGUUGAUUGGUUGAAGACGGUUGAUAAUGCAGUAUCAAUUCAUACGUCUGCCAGAUAUGGAUAUGAGUAUGUUUUCAAUGAAAUUUACAAAAAUUUAGGCAUUAAAGUUUAUGUUAGUGGUGCAAAGUGGAAACUAUAUAGCAAAAUACAACAUUUAGUUCCCGGAGUGACAAAUUCUGAAUAUGAAAAAAGGAUACAUUUGUGUGGAUAUCCAUGUGAAAAUAAAGGACAUUCAUAUAUUAACGCUAAUUAUAAUAACUAUCUACAUAUACAUCUCUCAGCGAGGAAAUGGGAUAACUGUAGUCCGAAUUCACCCCAAAUUCGUUUGGAAUAUGAACGGUCUUUAUCUGUUUGUUUUGCAACACACUGUAGUGCGCGGGAAAUAUUGUAUUUUAAAAAUUAUUUCCCAAUAUCCAAAGUGGUUGGGUUUCCGGAAGCCUUCAGAGAAAACAUUUUUGAAAAUAAAGCUGUGAUGGAGCCGAGUAAAGUGGAUGAGAAUGUGUUGAGAUUGUUAUUGCAU